CGCGGGCGCACAGAGGAUCCUGAGAGCGCAGCAGCAUCACUUGAGCAACGCAGGGUCCGACUCACAGGUGCUCCUCUGCCGUUGCUCUGCUCUUGAACUGGCACCUGCCGUUAUAUUUGCUCGGAAACUAAAAGUUCAGAGUCGAUUGCUGGGAGAGAAUUUUCUCAAACACACAGGGAUUACCGCGGUUUACAGCUACAUCAAGGAUGUGUGGUAUGGACGUGGACCUGGACGACGGCGGUUCUGCUGAGGAGGAGAAAGAGGAAGAGUUCUGGAUCGGAGAGGGCGUGAAGAUGCUCCCCCCGCCUGUGGCUCACAGCGGGGGCAGCGCUUGGGGCAGCCGUAGGGGCAGGUGUGGCUGCGUGGCCUGUGGGGCGGCUCUCAUCCUCUGGAACCUGUGCGUGGUCUUAGCCAGCGCUCUGCUCCUGGCUGUGGUCUUCUCUGUGGUGCUCCUGCCUGCAGGGCUGCUGCUGUAUGCUGGUUUCCUCUGCCACUCCAGGGUCCUUGAUGCACCCUCUGCCAUCUGCCAUUAUCUCGAUGACAACAGCUGCUCUGCCCUCAUCAUCCUGGGCUUUGUGAUGAUGUCUCCGCUCGUGGUCGUGGCAGCGGCAGUUUUCUGCGGGCUGCUCCGAAAGUUUCGACUCCUGCUUUUCAUUCAGCCAAUCAAGCGCGCCUGGUACAGAGGGAGGUUGCUGGACUGGGCGGGCAGCAUCCACGCCUGGGUUUGAUCACAACAGAGAAGAUGGUGCUGAGGGUCACAGUGAUUGGAAAGAUUGAUUUGUGCAAGACGAACCUGAGGGUUACAGAUGUUUUGCAAAAAUAGAAACAUCAUUAUAGUCAAUAAGACAGUCAUACAGCUAAUACUUACUUUGUCAAUGGUUGUAAAAACGUUUGACAUUUUUAGAAAUAUUCGAGUCCUCUUUCCUCCUGUUAGUUUUGGUGAGAAGAUCAAUAUCACCCUCAUGUCUGUGUGGUGAAAUUAAAGCUGCAAAGACCAGAUAAUUAACUUAGAAUGGGAUAAAGACUGAAAACUUAGAUUCAGGGUGAAACCCAAAACACAUACAUUAAUAUAAACCAUCUAAAAAGAUAUUCCAGAGCUUUAGAGGUGACAGUAGGAGGAUUAAAUUAGCCUUUCCAGCUAGAUGUUGCUGGGAUUUGUGCUUAUCAAACAGCCAUCUGCCUUCACCCUCCUCUUUGAGAGUGCAGUCACCUCUCACUGAUCUCUCAGACAGAAUACAAAAGUGUAGCUUCUAAAAUGUCAAACUGUUCUUUCAAGACCAAGACCUGUGUUAUUGUGUCAUAUAUGUUUUUUUAUUAAUUUGGCAACUCGCGGCCCAUUUUGGGUAAUUUUGUGAAUUGUUUUUUUGUUUUGUUUUUUUGAAAUGACACUAGAUGAGGGUUUGUUGGGUUUGUGUGGCUUUUACACAGAAACAGACCAGUUUUCUUAGAUAUGUAGUGCCAUCUUACAAGAAUCUUAAAGCAAAACACAUUAUGGGCUCAUUAUUUAAGUAAACCAGAUGCAUAUUAGAACAGACGAGAAAAAAACAUGCAAACUUCUUGGAGAGUGAAGGAUACCUGCAGGGUAUUCACGCAAGCUUUAACAGCUCCUUGUUGGUUUAUUUUGAGGACACAUCAAACACCAGUUUAACUAUGAUUUUGUACAAAAACUCAUAUUGUUGUGAUUUUGUAUUGCCUGUUUGCUAACUACAUGGAUGUGUUUAAAUGUGAGACCUUCUCAGAAAUGUGAAUUUAUUUGUGGUUGCACUUAAGAACUCUCUAAAUAAGAAAAACAGUUUUUCCAAGCAUGCGAUUAAAGCCCCGUCCACACAGGGAACAAUUUGUGCGUUUCACUCCCGGCUUUGUCUCUGACAGUUGGUCACUAGCGGACAUUCCAGGUUGCCUAGGUUACCCUCUAAUAUACAGUGUUGUGCAAAAGUCUUGGCCCACCCUUCAUUUCUUUAUGUUUUGCUUCCAAAAAGCCAAACUUGAUAGUAAUUUUUAAAAAAGUUUUCUUGAACAUCAGUUUUGUUGUUGUAUUUUUGUUUUUUUCCCCACUCAUUUUCAGUUGAAUCUAUAAAAAUGCCAAAGAUAUCAAAGUUUGAAGGCAUAAAAUUGAAUUUGACCUGACACAGGACCUGAGUGAUGCAUCUAUUCCUUCAGUUGAUCCAUCUACUGUUCAUUCAAGAUAAUUCAUUCAAAUCAUCAGUAUAUAGAGACGAGGUCAGGAGAGAGGAACAACAGUGAGUGUCUGCAGCCAUCUGUAAAACACAGUGGUCAUGGUUUGGGGAUGCAUUUCAGCAAGUGGUGUUGGAACCAUCAGAAAAGCAUCAGAUUUUUGAGUGAUCCCAAACACACCUCUAAUUCAGUAAAAGCAAACCUGGCUAGAAAAGCACGCAAUGAAACACACUGAAGCAGUGUGGGAUCAUCUUCACAGAGAACAGAAGGUAGCCAACAUCCAAAGAAGAGCUUUGAAUGCCCUUCAAGAAGCCUGCAGAACUUUUCCUGAAGACUUCUUAAGGAAAUUACAAGAAAACAAGAGAGUUCAGUUCAAAUAGAAUUGUACAAGCUCUAUACACUGCAUUUCCAUGUUUGUUUGCACAUGUUUCGAUAAAUUAUUGCACCUAUCUGCGAUUUUCUCAGCAAAAUAAAAAGAAACAAUGGGUGGCUUGAGACUUUUCAAAAGUUCUGUAGCUGAUAUCUUUGUCAUGUGUCAAUCAACGGCAUUCCUGCCUUCUCAUUUGUAGGUGCUUCAAUCGCUCACCUGCGAUGGGGCUUUUAGGAGACCCUUAAAAACAAGGCGAAUCUUGUGAAAUGCAUUAAAACUAGAAUUACUCUCUUGCAGUUUUUGCAGAAUAUGAUGUUGUCAUUAUUUUGACAACAUCUAAUAGGAUUUUUUCCUAUUAGACAUUUUUGUAAGUUAUGGCAUAAAGUGUUUUUUGUGAGGUCACGAGGAACAUAAAAGCUUUGAUCUUGAGGAUCAUCCUUGAGUCGAAGCAAGUUUUUGUGCCAAAAAUAUGAAGCAGUUCCUUAAUGAUGUUCACAAGGAAUCAUAAACGCCCACCCAGUGGCAUAAAAACUUUCAGAAAGACUUCCGUUUUGUCUGUUAGGUGACUUAAAUUGACAGUAAAGUUUAUUCCCAAGGAGUUUUACCCAAUGUAGCAUCAUCAGCAGUCAUACCUUGUGAAUGUGGGGGCGAUAUGAAACAUAUUUCAUUUUAAUGCUUCUUUUAGAUCACAUUGUGCCAUAAAGAAACACCCUUCAUCGUGAACACAACUAAAGUCGACAGCAUGACAAAGUAAUUGCCUUUCAGUGGGAUCAGACUGUUAAAGAGGGAUUUGAAUCAUCACAUCAGGAGCUCAUUGUGUUGCCUCUUUGCUUUCCGGUCCUUUAAAUUCACCAGUGACACGCUGCACACCCUUUUAUCUGUGUCCUUGCUCCAUAGCUAAGUGUUCAGACUUGUGGCUUUGCCUCUCAGAAGGAAGAAAUAAAUCAUAUUUAAUGAUGGGCAGUGAUUAUUCAUCCUCUGCCACUUGUAUCAUGCUAAAUUAUAUGUAUUUUUUCGCUUAUUUAUUUGUGUGUUUUGUUUGUGUUUAUUAAUCUGAAUGUGCUCUGUUAAUCCUGCCAGAUAAAGAGUGGAUCGAAGUUAAGACCAGUGUUUUGGAGAACCGUGUAGGAAAAAGGUUGAAAUAGUUUUUUUAAUGUCACAGGGUUGUAUACCACAUCUGAAGCAAAUUACUGGGAAAAUUGCAGCAGCUAAUUGAGGUUUAUUUAUUUUUUUGUUCAGUUUUCACUUUGGUGUUAUCAACAAAACAGCAUGUUCUGACCUUCCAUCAAUAAAAAAAGAGGACAUCUCUUUGUCGGCAUGUCUCUUUUGUGUUGUGACCUGUUUUUGAAGGUUGGAAAGCUUUGAAGAUAGGGUAAUAACAUUUACUUCUCACUUUCUCUCAAGCACACAAGCACAGCACACACUUGGAUACUAAGAGGACACUAUCACACUCAUUUCUGAGGAAAAAAAAUAUGAUAAAGUCUGCGAUAAAACUGGGACACUGGCUGGUCACAUCUGUGCAGAUCAACAGAGCAAAUGAGCUAAUUAAAGGAAAAUGUUGCCUCUGAUUAUGUUUUCGUCCAGUCUGUUCUCAUGAUUUAUGCUGCCCAUUAAUGCA